CUCCUUCGCACUUCUUCGACACGAUGUCCGACACGAUUCCACACGUCUGUCCUCCACACGUGUUGUGAAAGGCGUUUUGUGAUUUUUAUGUAGCACAUUCAGGAUCUCCAGUAUCUACAAUGAAGCCUUUAGUCCCAUCAACAUGCGAAACAAAUUCAGUGGUUGAUGCUGUUAGCAAGGGAACGAGGCUGGAUGGAAGAGAGCUACUGGAUCACAGAGAGGCAACUAUCCAGUUUGGCAGAGAAUAUGGAACCUGCCAAAUCAGGCUUGGCAACACAAGAGCGCUGGCCACCGUGCGCGCCGAGCUGGGCACCCCGCGGCCGUCCCGGCCCAACGAGGGCACCCUGCAGGUGGCUGUGGACGUCACACCCACGGCGGCACCCGGAGCGGACCGAUCCAAUGACCUGACCGUCGGCCUGGAGCGGCUGCUCGAGCGGUGUCUACGCGAGUCGCGCUGCGUCGACCAGGAGUCGCUCUGCGUCGUCGCCGACGAAAAGGUGUGGCAGCUGCGGCUGCACGUGGAGCUGCUGGACCUGGGCGGUAACGCGUGCGACGCGGCGGCGCUGGCCGCGCUGGCGGCGCUCUGUCACUUCCGUCGUCCGCACGUGUCGGUGACGGGCGGCGAGGUGCGCCUCUGUCCGGCCGACGAGGCCGAGCCCGUGCCGCUGGCCGUGCUCCACAAGCCGGUGCUGGUCACAUUCGCCUUCUUCGGAGACGGUCAGCAUUUCGUGGCGGAUCCGACGGAGAUCGAGGAGCGGGCCUCCGAGGGGCUGCUAACGGUCGGUAUGAACUCGUACCGGGAGAUCUGCACGCUGCACCUCACCGGAAAACUGCUGCUCAGCAAACAACAGGUACUGGAGUGCACCGAGCUGGCGGCGGCGCGCGCCCGCUCACUGACCUCCCAGCUGCGGCGCGCGCUGACCGCUGACGAGGCGGAGCGGACCGCGCUACACCCGUUCCCGGGUCUGGCGCGAGUGGAGCUCGAGCGUAUUGCCACGGCGGCGGCCAGCGUGCGGCUGAGCGGCGCCGUGCGCGGCCCGGCGCUCACCGCCCAACAGAUCAGCGAGAUGGAGAAGGAGGUGGACGAGAAGUUAUCUGUGUUCCGGCACAAGGACAUGGCGGCAGCGGCGGAGAUCGGACAGGGAGGUGCCAGCCAGUGGGGACCGCCGUCAGAUGACGAGGGCGAUCAGGACGAGAUGUGGCCGCGGACUGCAGAGACACCGGCCAAGACCGCGCCGGCAGCUUCGGACUCGGACAGCGAGGGUGAGCAGACCGUGCUACACCCAGAGGACCUGGAGCCCCACGCCGAGCCCGGCACCGGCAAAGGCCUCCGGUGUCCCAUGCCGGUCCGGUAGUGGGGUGGGGCCGGGGCGCGGGUGGGGGGUCACUGGGACGGGAAGCGGACGUGUAGGGGAGAGUGGGGCACAUUCGUUUUCAGCAGUUUAUGGGAACACGAGUGACUGCACGAGCUCAAGGUAAAUUAUGGAAAUAUGUCUAUCAUUGCCGCCCUUCGUUCACCGUAGAAGACAACACUGUACCUGCUGUCAUGCUUGAUAAAAACGCAAAUUUGUAAUAUUCGUGAGCUUUCCAAACUUUUCUCAUAUCAUCCAUUUUCGUGAUCCUGACUCGGAAAUGUGGUUCAGCUUUUCAAAAUUGGGGGUGAAGAAGCUCACUCUAUUCACGGAACUGCUGCAAACUUGUUUGUUGAAAAAGUGUCAUUUUUUCAAAAAGAAAUUUUGAAAUAUAUUACUAAUAACGUUGUGGGGCAGGUUCGUGUACGCACUGCCUGGGGGCACAUUCGUGCAUAUUUUUUUUUAGUUUUGCGAUUUAUGACUUUAUCUGUAGUAGGUUUCUCUAAUGACGCUCGCCUGACUCAGUCUCGACUGCUUGCGACGUCGUGACGAGCAAUUCACGCGAACUUGGCGAGGUCACGGAGGCCGGCAGUUGGCACAUUCUUGUUGGCCAGCCCAUUCUUUCUACAUAUGUUGUGCAAUGCAUUCUUGUCGAAAGGAAUCGAGUGAAAUGACCCCCUGCCAAUUUCCUUUGGUAAAUUUCUGGUAAUGCCCGGUAAUUUCUCGAACUUUGCAGGGUGAACGGAAGUGCCCCACCUCUUGAACGAAUGUGCACCAUAGGUGGGGCAGUUUCGUGCAAAUGUUCAGAGUUAUUAAAAGUCAUUUUUUCUAAUGGAAGCAAUAAUUUUAGAGGAUAACUUUUAAAGAGGAAAACUAUUUGCAAUAGUUCCUUUCCAUACUACAAUCAACAAUUUUGCCAUUGCACUAACCAAAGAAUAGAUAUAUGGGUUUAUCCAUUUUUUGCACGAAUGUGCCCCACUCUCCCCUACUCAGCUGAUGGUGUGUGUGGUGUAAAGGCCGUCAGCUGGGGGAAUAUGACGGCCAACAGUGUGUGAGCGUUGAGCGGCAAGGUGACCGCACCGCAGCGUCAUAUCGAACUAAUGCGAGGCUCACCACAACUCUCAUGUGUGCCGGUACGUAAUUGUUGGCCUUUUUAAAAUUGAGAACGUCUUUUGCCGUGAUGGUUUCGUGAGGAUGGCACGGGCGGGCGGCGAAUUGCGAAGCGAGUGAAAAGCCGGUAGGUCAUAUCUUAAAAAGCCGGUAGGUGUCGCCGAGUCGCAUGUGGCCCGUCAUUCAUUUGUGCUCCUUGUUCGCGAGGAACCGGCCUGUACUAUGCACAUUUGUGUUCGCCAAUACACCGUUUCAUUUAGACAGAGCUUA